GGAGCGCGGCGAUGGAGGGCUGAUGGUGAUGAGGAGACGUGGACUAUGGCCUGAGAUGCUGCACAGGUUGUGAAUCAACCCAAGAAUGGAUAAAUCUAAGCAGCCUUAUGUUAACCAGAAGACCAGCCUUGAGAAGUUCAGUCCUGAAAUUAUUUCUGAAAUUGAGAAGCUCUUUGCAAAGAAAUUUACUUACACUAAGCCAGUGAAUGAUGAAUGGAAGCUGCCAGAUCCCAGCAAUGCUUUUACAUGUGAUCAUGUGGAAUUUCACUCACUCCUGGCUCUGAAGGACUCAAUGAAUGAAGUGAAGAACCAACUCAGUGAUAAGAACCUUGAGGAUUGGCAUCGGCACACCUCAUUUACCAAUAAAGCAGGGAAAAUAAUAUCUCAUGUGAAGAAGUCUGUAAAUGCUGAGCUCUGUACCCAAGCAUGGUGCAAAUUUCAUGAGAUCCUGUGCAGUUUUUCUCUUCUCCCAGAAGAAGCUCUUCAAGAUGGAGAACUGAAUUCUGUCCACCUCUGUGAAGCACCUGGAGCUUUUAUAGCCAGCCUUAACCACUUCUUGAAGUCCCACCAUGUCCCUUGCCACUGGAAUUGGGUAGCUAAUACUCUAAACCCUUAUCAUGAAGCCAAUGACACCCUUAUGAUGAUCAUGGAUGACCGUCUGAUAGCAAAUACUUUACCUUGGUGGUACUUUGGCCCAGAUAACACUGGGGAUGUGAUGACAUUAAGACAUCUAACAGGACUUCAGAGCUUUGUGAGCAGUAUGACCACAGUCCACUUGGUAACUGCUGAUGGCAGCUUUGACUGCCAGGGAAAUCCAGGAGAACAGGAAGCUCUCGUCUCACCCCUUCAUUACUGUGAAACAGUCACUGCUUUAAUGAUCCUGGGCACUGGAGGAUCCUUCAUUUUGAAGAUGUUCACUCUGUUUGAACACUGUUCUAUCAACCUGCUCUUUCUGCUAAACUGCUCUUUUGAGGAGGUCCAUGUCUUUAAACCAGCCACCAGCAAAGCUGGAAACUCGGAGGCCUAUGUGGUUUGUCUUCGCUAUAUGGGCAGAGAAAGCCUUCAUCUGCUUCUUCCUAAAAUGAUGCAGAACUUUGGAACAGAAAUUAUCAACAAAGCCCUUUUCUCCCAGCAUACACUACCAGAAUCAUUCCUUAAAACACAUGAAGAGUGUUGCAUGUUCUUCCACAAGUUCCAGGUAGAGACUAUCUCUGAGAAUAUCAGUCUUUUUGAGCACAUGGAAGAAGCAGAGCAGAUGAAACUCAACAAGUUAAGAGACUGUGCAGUACAGUUCUUCAUGCAAAAGUUCCACAUGAAACCCAUUGGCAGAAGUAAUUGGCUUGUCAAGAAAUCCCAGGCUGGUUGCAGCAUGAAUGCAAAAUGGUUUGGGCAAAGAAACAAAUAUUUUAGUACAUACAAUGAAAGGAAGGUGAUGGAAACCCUGACAUGGAAUGAUAAAGUGGCAAAGGGCUAUUUUUAUCACUGGGCUGAGGAACACAGUUUAAAUAAUGCUGGGAACACGUGCAUCCUGGAAGGAUCAUUUUCAAACCUUGAGUGUAGCUUUUGGUACAUUUUGGAAGGAAAAAGAUUGCCAAGGGUAAAGUGUUCUCCAUUUUGUGAUGUUCAGGUCUUAGAAAGUCUUAAUGAAGCUGUGAAAGAGUUGGGUGGGGGGAGGCUGAAAGGCAGAUCAAUGCUGCCUUGUCACUCUUGUGAAGUUCUUCCUGGGGAACUCAUACUGGCAAAAGUGUCUGAUCUUUCCAGGUGCCAUCAGGAAGUCCUAAAUGAAAGUUGUAGUGACCAAUUCAAGUGCCUUGUAGUUGGCUUUCCCUCUCUCUGUGACACAGAAAGCCAGCCCAAUAUGGAAAUAAAGCCCGUGGACUCAGCCACGCUGCUGACUUUCACCUUCUCUUUGCUGUAUGAUGGAGAACCAAAGUACCAGCAGCAGCUUUUGGAGUGUGUUCUGCGUUCAUUGGCCCAGCUGGCAGCAGGAGAUGCAUUGGUUUUGCCUGUUCUCUCCUGCCUGACACGCUUCACAGCUGGCCUGGUGUUCAUCCUGCACUGCUGUUUCAGGAGCAUCGCGUUUGCGUGUCCGACCUCGCGGGAGCCCCUGAGGACCGGCGCCGCUUUGCUGUGCGUUGGGUACCGAGGCGUCCCCGCGCCGGUGGUGGAGUAUCUGCAGCAUCUGAACGCACUGAUGAGCUCUUUGCUGGACACAGACUCUCCCCAGCAGGUUCUGCAGUUCGUGCCCAUGGAGAUUCUCCUCCAGGGCAAGCUGUUGGAGUUCCUAGGGGAUUUAAACGCAGCCAUUGCAAAGAGACAGCUCCACCUGAUUGUGCAGGCUCAGCAGCAGCAAAUGGCUAGUGGCAUUCCACUUUAAAAUAAUUCUACAACUGCAUGAGUUGCUGCUGCUGGACCUUGUUUCACGGGCAGGCAGAAGGUGUUAAAAACAUUGUUCAUGUGAAUGUAACAUUAAUGCAAAAGUGGUGUGACAUUGAAAGUGCCGGGAGGAUGUUUUGAGCUAUCAAUCCUACUUGCACUGUAUUUUCUCUGUAGGAAAUAGGAGAAAAGAAAGCCAGACCUUGAUUUCUGGCCACUGGGCUGGGUGUUUUAGGAUGCAGAAUAACAUGGAAUCCUUGAUUCAGUGGAAGCAAGGGCUGACAAGUGAGCAUAAGCCUCAGAGCCUCUUGCUAUCAUCCUCAAAAACUGUCUUUUGACAUCCCUUUAAUUUACAGUUAUUUUCAUUUUUAAUGGUGAUGUCGAGGAAAUCCUGUGUAAGUUGCCUUACCAUUUUGGAUGGUAUGAAAUGGUGGUUAUGGGUACAUGUCCCCAUUUGCCAUUCUUAAACAAGAGCCUCUGAAUUUUCACCUCGUAGCCUUUGAAUAUCAGCCUCUACUUUAGCACUUCAGUGAGUGAGGACAGAUGAAAAUUUCCUUGCCAAAGCCUGAUAAUGGUUUCUCCAUCUCAUUCUUGCAGCUGUUUUGUGAAUGCCAUGCUGAUAUCUUGAGUUCCAAUUCUCUGCACUUCAGUCACUUGACGGAAGGAUCAAAUGGAGCUGUUUAUGCCAGAGAAGUGCUCAGCCUCUGGUUGUUCAUUGCUUACUCUUCAGGCAAUAAUUUGGAUUGCCAUCAAGCCCUCUCUUGUGACUUCUCAUGGGUCCAAAGCUGAGCUCAAUUCUCAAGAAUGAAAUUUGCUAAAAGAAUUAGCCAGUGGCUGUAGACACUUAGGCUUGUAACAAGCAGAACCUUUAAGAGACAUUUAAACAUAGGAAACUUCCAUUAGCCACAAGAGGCUCAUAUAACAUGCAGCUGCUGGAAUUUGCUAGCCUUUCCAUGCUAAAAAUCCUUAAAACAACAGCUCUGAGGUAUUACCAUCUGAACAAACAGUUCAUCAGUUGUGUGCUGCCUUUCUUGUGCACACAAGUGUGUUCAUGUUUGUGUGGGAGCCCUCAGGGUUAUACAGCUGAAAAGCUUUUGUGUUGUAAUUAAUCAGUGUGUGCUUUUGGUGUGAAGGAUGCAUAUAUUUUUUGAAGUAGGAGAAAAGAUGUUGAUUUACAUGGCUGUUGUAUAUUUUCAUUUUAUCAACAAAUAUUCAAAGAGUUAAUAGACCUUUUUUAAAAAAAGAAAGGAAAACAAAUGUUGUUUGAAAAAAUAA